GAACUCCCAACUUCCGAAAACGCUUCCUCGAGUUUUUCGGAGCAAAAAUUAUCAUCAUUUUGUAUAUUCACUGAUAUUAUUGCAGAUUUUGAGACUGCAAUAUUCAUUGAAUUUAAAAUAUAAACCUUGAAAAUUGUGUGUCUCAUCCGAAGCUUAAACUACUUUCAAGUAUGUCUGAAAAACACGAACUUCCUUCUGACUCGGACGAGGAUGACGAGGACUAUGUUCCUGAAGGGCAUGAAAGUGUAUCUGAAGUGGAAUCUGACGGAGAUGCAGAAAAUUCUCCGGAUGAUGAUAACCAGGAUAUUCGAAAAGAUACGGAUGUCAGUAAAAGGCGGAAGCGGUGUAAAAGCAUGAAGAGCAAGGAUGCCAAACGUAAAAAGAAGCAGAGAAAAUCUGCAGUUGAGGAAAAAGAGGCAGAAAAAUGUGCUGAGGAGGACAACAAAGCAAAGGUACUCAGUGAGGAAGAAGAGAAGAAAAGAGCUGAUUCUUUGUGGGCAGAUUUUAUGAAAGAUACGGGUGUAGUAUCAAAACCAAAAUCCGAAAAUUCCACAUCAACUAAAUCUUCAGAAAAGUCUGACAGUUUGGUUGCGAGACCAAAAGUAGAAGAAAAGAUUAAAAUAACAAAAAUCUUUGAAUUUGCUGGUGAAAAAGUGAAGGUAGAAAAAGAGGUUUCUGCAGAUUCGGCAGAAGCCAGACUAUCGGCAACGACUGAGAACCUUCGAAAGAAUGUUGACGUUUCUCCAGUUGACGAAAAAAAAGAAGUGAAAGGUGUGAGAAGCCGAAAAGUUGGUUUAGGCGGCAUCUCGUCUAUUAUAGGCCAGCUGGGGAAAAAAUCGAAAAUAAGUACUUUAGAAAAAUCCAAGUUGGACUGGGACAAUUUCAAAAAAGAGGAAAAAAUAGAGGAAGAAAUUAGUACUCACAAUAAAGGAAAGGAUGGUUAUUUAGAAAAACAAGACUUUCUUCAAAGGGCUGACUUACGGCAGUUCGAAAUUGAAAAGCAAUUAAGAACGACUUCUCGGCGUAGCAAUCGAUAAUUCUUGAGAACUUUACAGAUAACAAAGGAGGGAGAAAAUAAAGUUUGACACGCAAAAGUGAAAUGCGUCUGUGAACAAUUGAAUAAUUUUGGUUCUCGCGAAAUAUGAUCAAAUUCGAAGGCAAAGCAGACUAAUGGAGAUUGAUUGUACAUCUCUUUCGAAGUCACCUUCGUCACUUGAUUUUUGACUUUUUGAUGCGAGAAGUCAUAAUAGCAUAAGGAGUACAAUGCAGCUGUUACAUGCAAUUUGAAUAAUUGUUUUAUAAUUAGAAUAAACGCUCUCAAUCAUGGAUUGAGUAAUUGAAA